GGCUUUCGCAUGUCAUGAUAAGACAUUAAUUUUUACUGCUGUCUGGUGAUCGAUAUUAUUCAACAGGCUAAUUUACGAUCAAACGACACUGCUCAAAAAUCAAUUGCUUAGUAUGUUGGCGUGAUUUUGAUACCAACCAGGGUGUUUUAAAAUUAAUUCUGUCUUUAAAAAUAUGAGUUUUCAAAUACAGAACGGUAGCGCAGAGGGACAGGCUAUUUACACCGAGGAGCCCAUAACUCCAGGGAGCGCUAAAUCUCUCGUCAAUACCUUCGAAAGCUGGAACUUCGUGACGAAAACAGAGAGACAACGCGAUAUUCCAAAUGAAAGAGAAUUCGACACAAAAGAUGUCAAGGCUGUUUUCCAAAAUGGCGUCCAGUCGCCGUUGUCUCCAGGUCGAGAAAAACCGGGCACCGGAAAAAUCCCAGCCCGGACACUAGUCCAGGCAUUCGAAUCUGGUGACCUCGUUGAUACGGCUGAGCGGAAGAACAUUUUAAUGGUGUAUGCGCAUGAAGAACCGAAAUCAUUCAAUGGAUCCAUGAAAGAUCUAGCAGUACAAGCCCUAAAGCGACAGGGACACAACGUAGAAGUCUCUGAUCUGUACGAAAUGAACUUCGAACCGAGAACAACGAAAAAAGAUAUCAAGGGCAAUCCAAAAGAUAAAGACUACUUCAAGUACCCUGUUGAGGCUGGAAUCGCAUUCGCCAACGACAAUCUGAGUGAUGACAUUAAGGCAGAACAAGAUAAAGUGAGGGCGGCUAACCUGAUUAUAUUUCAGUUCCCCAUCGCCUGGGGGUCGUUCCCUGCCAUUAUGAAGGGAUGGCUGGAUCGUGUACUUUGCUACGGAUUUGCAUAUGGAGACGGAAAGUUCAUGGAUGCGUCACCUUUAAAUGGUAAGAAAGUUCUUCUGUCGUUCACAACGGGAUGUCCGGCUGAGUUUUACACCAACACUGGUCUAUUGGGAGAUAUGGACAUAUUACUAUGGCCUAUGCAGAACAAUCUAAGAUUUUGUGGAUUUGACAUCCUUGCUCCGCAGAUCGUGUAUGCCCCAGCACACUGCGAAGAAAAGGAUCGCGAUGCCAUCAUCGAGGCCUGGCAAACGAGACUUAAAGGUCUGAUUAAAGAGAAACCAGUGAGGUUCAUACCUCUGGAGGACUUUGAUAAAAAUAAAAUGUACCAGCUAAGCGAUACCUUCUUCGAAAAGCCAAUCGCUAAAGGGAAAUAUGGCCCCACAGUUGGUCAACAUGAUGGUAAACCCAUCCCAAUAAAGGGAAUGAGAGAGGCGUGGUGAUUGUUAAGAUGAACACACAAGAAUGCAGAUGAUUCGAUUCCAACAAAAUUGACAUGGUAAAUUCCUAAACAUUUAACAACCGAGUUGUAACACUAGCCGCAUCUGCACGAUUUCUCUCAUUAACCCUGUAAAAUCUGCAUAACUGUGUGCUGCCAUUUAGAUUUUACACUAUACUAUUUCGAUUUUAAGCUGCACGUCUUUAGGAAAACCUGGAGUCGAACGUGUAAUAUUAUAGCCUUAUGGUUUAUUGUAACCCUCUCAAUUGUUGGGACCUAAUUACAUCUAUUUUCCUCACAUAAUACAUUGAAACACGUUCGCGUACUAAUUCUCUUAGGACUUGUAGCUUGACCUCCUAAUAUAAAACCGAGACUACGAAGAAAAGACAAAAGAAUAAACAAACGCCUGUGAGUACAGAGUGGGCAAAUAAAAAUGGGUCACUCACAAAAUUCUAUUUACAAGAGCGGAAAUCAACCAAAUGUCAUGAAAAUUAGGGAGUAUAAAUUCUGAACAUUUAUGUUCAUGUAUGUAAACUUUUAAAUCAAACAAUGGAAUGCCAAAACAUCAUUGUUAUUUGUUAGCCUAGACAAUCUCCUUUAUGUUAACAAUAAAAUACUGUGACUUUUUAUUACAAAAACUAACGCUAGAUGGGUGCAUUGUAUAAAUUGUUCCAAAAGCAUCUGAAAAUCAAGGUUUCUAUAAGUGGAACCAUCUUAUGAUGGUACAGGUAGGUUCAUUACGCACUGGACAUGGAUAUCGAAACAAAAUGAGGUUAGAAUGACUCAUGAAUGGUAUCAAAAGUUACUUGAAGGCAUGCAUAAUGUACAGUAAUGACUUUUUGAGAUUGGGAGCUAUUGGCACAGACAGAGGAAGACAUAUUAGACAUCGUUUUCAAGAAUUUCUUCAUUUUUAGAUUUUAAGAUCUGUUUUGGGGAAUUGUGAUAUCUCAAUCAAAAAGAAAUAAAUUUUAAUGAAUGGUUAUAAUUUCUAGAACUAUCUGGAUGGUCAAGGGUUAAUGAGUCAUUCAGUUUCAGAUGCCUAACUAUCUGAAAUAUUUGGAAUUGAAAUUCUGAAUUGAUACUGAGAUUUAACAAGAAAAAAUAGGCUG